CCCGGGCGACCGGGGGCGGGGUGCGGGUGACCCGAGCGGAAGCAGCCGCCGUCGCCGUCCGGGUCAGAAUGGCGGCGGGGCGGGCGCGGGGGGAGGAUGCCGCUGGUGGUGCUGUGCGGGCCGCCGGGCAGCGGCAAGAGCCGCCGGGCCGCGGAGCUGCGGGCGGCGCUGGGCGGGCCGGAGCGGCAGGCGCACGUCGUGGCCGAGACGGAGGGCGGUCGGGCCGCGCUGCGGGCCGAGGUGGAGCGGCUGCUGAGCCGGCGGGACGUGGUGAUCGUGGACGCGGGUAACGAGCUGCGGAGCAUCCGGUACGAGCUGUACUGCGCGGCGCGGCAGGCGGGCACGGCGCGCUGCCUCCUGCACUGCGCGGGCGGCCCCGGCGGCCCCGAACAGCCGCCUUUCGAGGCCCCCGACCCGCGCAACCGCUGGGACCGGCCGCUCUUCACGGUGCACGGCGAGGAGCCGCUGCCGCUGGCCGACAUCCGCGCCGCCCUAUUCGAGAGCGCCCCGCCACCGCCGCACCGCGCCACCCGCGCCCAGCCCCUGCAGUCCUGCGGCUUCCUGCACCACCUCGACCGCGCCACCCAGGACGUCGUGGCCGCCGUCAUGGCCGCCCAGCGCAGCGGGGCGCAGCCCGGGGAGGUGGUUCGCGUCCCCGGCGCCGCCGAAGGGCUGCUGCUGAGCCGGCCCGUGAGCAUGGCCGAGCUGAGCCGGCUGCGCAGGCAGUUCAUCAGCUACACCAAGAUGCAGCCCAGCGAUGAAAACUUGCCUCAGCUGGCCAGCAUGUUCCUGCAGUACCUAAGCCGCAGCAUCCAGUGAGCCCUGUCACCUGUGUCACGCGCAGUGGUGGCCGUGGGCCUGUCCCGAAGUACUUGCAACAGUAAGAACAGGCCAUCUGGCCGCAGACCCCAAGGAACUUGGGUCCCACCCAUCGCUUCUUGGAUCCUGCAGCAACAGCAGCACUGGGAAGAUGGAUGUUGUGUCCCUGCAGCCGCUGAGCAAGCUCUAUCGCUAAAAGGAUCUGUGGACAUGCUGUUCCUCCUCCCCGGCUCUCUCCUCGCUUGCGACUUUUGAAAAGGAGAGCUGCUGUUGCAUCCCCAAGCAAGUGAAGUCUCCCGUGGAGACCUAAACCCCAGUAAUCACAUACUGACUGAACACGAGCCCAAAAAGCAGUGACCAUAGGGAAAAGUUUUCCCUUCUGCAUUGCUAUAUGUAUGUCUUGAAUAAGAAAGUGGUUUUUCCAAGGCUGUCUCCAAAUAAUGUCAAACUGCAGAGGACACUUGAGGUCCAGAGCUUAAACAGGCUGUAUUUUUUUAGGGUGUGACUGUUGAAAAAUAUUCUGCUGGACCCAAGAGGUGGAUUUGCAAACUGCACAACAGAACGGUGCUGGCUUAGCAAACUCACAUUGCUCUGUUUCAGGUUUAACAAUAAAAUGUGUGCCUUAAGUGGAGUAAAGUCUUAAUUUACUGCAGGACUGUUUUAUUGAAAUAACUUUCUAUGUCUUUUCUCUACAAGAUCAUAAUUAAACACCUUUUAAAAACAAUAGUUGUUUCACAAUGAGUGCUGUCAUAGGAAGAAUGAGCUAAAAAUCAGUGCCUGUAUGACUUGUGAUGGGUAACUUGGUUUUGCACUUAGUUUCAACUACUUUCAGUCUUUGCUGUACCACAUAUACAGCUUAUAUAAACUUUUCACUUUCUGGUGGAUGCUUCAUCCCCCAUUUUAAUAAAUUGCGGCUUUUGAUUUUAUUUGUAUGUGUAAUUCUACCUUGGAGGAAAUGGGAAAGUGCAGCAGGGUUAUUUCAGUUACAGUGGCUCUUUAUCUGACAUACAGGCUGCUGGGUGGGCUUGUACAUUGCAGAACUUAGAAAUUACUACAGAAAUGUUUUGAUGUACAUAAGUUUACUUUUCCAGUCCAAGUAAAGAGAAUAAAGGUGAGGAAGUACAUUCAGUAUCUAAAAA